AUGUUCGGUUUCAGCCUUUUCAGCUCCUCCAAGUCGGAGAACACCGAGUCCAACACCUGGGACCCCAAGACUCUUGAACAGAACCAGCCCAGCAGCCCUGCUGCGCCCGAGCAGAUCGUCUCUCAGCAGCCUGCUACCCAGGAACAGAUGCAGAUGAGUCUCCGUGGAGGUGGUGAGGCUGGAUUCUGCUGCGGACUGUGCGCCGGUAUCGCUUGCUUCGAGUGCUGCGAGUGCUGCUGCUAA